CCUUCAAGCAGCGUAAAUUAGAAUGAUCAGAGUUACUACGUGCCUGUUGGUGUUCGUAUUCUUUGUCUUGUACAUCCAUCAAAAUCAUGCCGCCACCAAAGUGCUUUACGAAUUUCACAUCAGAGAAACCAACCAGCAGCGCGUUGAAAUGGGGGAGCUCAAGGAUGCGUCCGAGGAAUCUGACGCGGAACCCGAACUGAUCAUCACGGGCAAACGAACUUCUUCGUACGUUUUUCCCGCCAAGGAUAAUAACUAUGUGUACGUAGAAACGGCCAACUAUGUGGCGGAUAACAAUGGCUAUCAUGUCAAGUACAACAUCACCUUGGAUACCGUGGAGCUUGACCGUCGCCUCAGCGGACAAGCACUUAAGACCACCGCUGGUUAGGCGACACAUCGAGUAUUAACCUAGUGACUAAGUCGUAGCUGUAGCCAAUACUACAUUAUUUAUUCGAAGUAGAAAGUGACAAGUUCUCAAGCACCAUUGCAAAUAAUAAAAGGAACUUUGAAAGCGAGUUUGUGGCAAACAUAAAGUGGAUCCCAAACGGAUGACACUGCAGUAAGUUAUGGCACUUUGCCUUGGCUUUGUUCCAAAACUGCCACUUUGGCAUUAUAAUUUACGAGUUCGGAAUACAUACUUAAACUAUGAUAAACGAUUUACAGAUGCGGUCAAUUUGUUUUAGAGUGUAAGUGUUAGUAACAACAUUAAAAUAUAAACAUGAUUUUAGUCAAAUUGAAUUUGA